UUAAGAACUGAUCCCACAUCAGCUGAAGUGGACCGAUUCUAUCCAAUAUGCCCGUGGUUAAAACGCAUCUCUCGAUAUCGGGUGCAGAUUUGACAGAAAAUACUUUCGUUAUGAUGGAUUUGUGAAGGGCUGUCGUUUUACCAAAUUUACGGAAGGAAGCGAUGGGUGAGGAAGGUGCCCUCAACAGAUCAUCCAGACAUGCUGACACCCAAAACAAGUGUGGCAAGUGUCAACAGACCUUCCACGAUGAUAAGAGCUACCUGAAGCACUUUAAGGAGGUGGAGUUGGACAUUACACAUUAGUUACACGUUUGUUGGAUGGAUUGUUGGGUUUGCAAAUGAGGGGAGCCCAAUGUACUGUACAAUGUAAAGUGCUUUGAGCACUUUUAAAAGGGAUAGAAAACCUAAAAUCUCAACUUUUCAUUGUUGUUCUGAUCACAUCUCUAAUAACUACACUCCUCCAGUGUUACCAUGCCCACCAGGACGAGCCACGGUGUGCAGGGGGAGGUGACAUACCAUUGUGACACCUGCCAGCAGACUUUUGCCAACCGUUGAAACCUGAGGAUCCAUCAGAGACAAUUCCACAGUGACGAGAGACUGUACCCCUGCGAGGUCUGCACCAAGAUGUUCAAAUGCAAGAAGGACGUGACGCGCCUCCGACGAAAGGUGCAUGAGGGAGGUGGUGUGCGGCACACCUGUCUUGUGUGUAACAAGGCGCUGAGCUCUAAGACAGCGUUGACGCUACACGAGAGAACACACACAGGAGACAAGCCCUACUCCUGCACUGACUGUGAAGCCAAGUUUUCCCAGAGCUCAGCUCUCAAGACACACCACAGGACUCACACAGGAGAGAAGCCUUUCGCCUGUGACCAGUGUGAUGCAAGGUUCAGCCAGAACCACAUGUUGUGUUAUCACAAGAGGGCCCAUACAGGAGAGAUGCCUUUUAUGUGUGAGAGCUGUGGGAAAAGCUUUGCCUCUAAAGAAUACCUGAAACACCACUCCAGAAUCCACACGGGCUCCAGGCCUUACAAGUGUGAACUCUGUGGUCGGGCCUUCGCCCAGAGUGCUUCCAUUCAUAGUAACUUAUUACUGCUGACCUUUAACCCCUGUUUGACCUCUGUAUGUUCUGUCUCAGGUGAGCUUCCGUACCACUGUACAGAUUGUGAUAAGCAGUUCACCCCGCUGAAUGCCCUCCAGAGGCACCAGAGGAUUCAAACAGGGAAGAAGCCUUACAUGUGUCCUUCAGAAUUCUUCACGGACAAGUCCACUACUCAUGAACAAAACACUCUAUGGAAGAACUACCUGGUGGUCCUGAAGUACAACAUGAGGACAAUGAUCCAACACACCUCCAGGCUGUGUAAGGGCUAUUUGACGAAGGAGACUGAUGGAGUGCUGCAUCAGAUGACCUGGCCUUCACAAUCACCCGACAUCAACCCAAUUGAUAUGGUUUGGGGUGAGUUGGACCGCAGAAUGAAGGAAAAGUAGCUCAGCAUAUGUGGGAACUCCUUCAAGUCUAUUGGAAAAGCAUUCCUCAUGAAGCUGGUUGAGAGAAUGCCAAGUGUGCAAAGCUGUCAAGGCAAAGGCUGGCUACUUUGAAUAAUUUCAAAUAGAAAAUAUUUUGACUUGUUUAACACUUUCUUGGUUGUUACAUGAUUCUGUAUGUGUUAUUUCAUAGUUUUGAUGACUUCACUAUUAUUCUGCAAUGUAGAAAAUAUUGUAGUGUCCAAACUUGACUGGUACUGUACAUAUCAUUUUCAAACUCUUCAGAUGGGGUUUUCCUUUUUCUGUUUGACAAAAAGCAAUAUCAGUACUGAGAAUUAUAGAUAUGUCUUUAUUACAGUCCAUUCUCACAGACCAAAUAAAAAAGGGCACUAUUCCACCUGAAAGAAGCUUGAUAUGCUGGCUGACUGCCCCCCCCCAACAUCAAGGGUGGCUCAGUUCAUCACUACUAGGAAAUGUUGCACAAUGCUAUAAAACACACAAUGACAUGCAGUUCUGCUAGUUGCCAGCAGGUGGGCACUAGUAUACACCAACAUGAGUUACUUCCAGCCUGUUAUUUCAGUGUGACACUGCUCUGGCAAGAGUGCAAUUCAUUCUUAGCUUUUUUUUCUUCUUUGUUUGCUCUGCAUUAAAAAAAUACUUUAUUUUUUUACACAAGCAGAAUUAGUCACAUUGGCAGGUAAACCAAAACAUUUGUAAAGAACACCCUCGUAAAUAAUACAGAAUAAGAUUAUAUGGGGAAAAAAAAUAAAGCCAACUUUGGAUACUUUAUUUCCCAUAUGCUCUCUGGUCAUGUCUUGAUUGUUUAUCAAUUGUCAUCAUUAAGACAUUUUUCCUGGCUGUUUUGGAUAUGAAACAAUUCUUAUUCGGUCCCGUGUGGCUCAGUUGGUAGAGCA